AUGGCGCUGGCGUGGGUGCUGCUGUGCGGGCUGCUGCCGUGGGCGCGGGCGGCGGACCUGAUGGUGGGAUCGAGCAAGUACACGGUCCACUCGAUCGAGGGCCGCCCGCGGAUCGCGCUGCACACGCCUGUGCUGAUGGACAGGACCGUUGAGGUGUCGUGUGCGACAACCAGGCCCGUCACGGUGUGCCUGCGCGAGGACACAACGGGUCCUCUCAGGGACCUAUUGGGCUUCAACGACCCCGCAACGACCGCGCCGAAGCCUCCAAGGGAGCAGGAGUGCCAGACACUGCAGCCCGCGCACGUCACGGACCCGUCGGCGUCGAAGCGCACCGCGGUGACCCCCCCCGCGGAAGGCAAGGUGACGUUCAUCAUUCGGCCGGCCGCCGACGCCCGGGUCUGGGCGCAGGCGGACCGCACUGCGCGCGAGAUGGCGUUCGGCGAGGAGGGCGUGCGGUGCAAGGUCACCCACGCGGACUCGAUCAGCCGCUUCCGCGUCACAGCGACCAUCGCAGCAGUCGUGGUUUGUGCGGUCGCGCACGACCUUGCGCAGUCCCAGGGGGUCCGCGUGGGCAUCAUCGCCUCCAUCAUCCUCUGCACCGCGGGUAUCGCGGGCCUCGUGUUCGCGUUCAGGAACUCCAUCCGCUUGAACCUCACGUUGAUGUCCUACACCGGCGUCGGCGCCCUCGCGAUCUCCUUCCUUCGGGUGUGGAUGUUCAGCCUCCUGCGCCCGCUGUUGACGUCGUUGAUCGGGGUGACUCCCUUCAGCGACACCGUCUACGCGUGGAACACGCUCCUGCAGCCCCUUCCACUCUGCGUCUUUCUGGCGGUCCUCACCGCGGCCACCAGCCUCGCAUUCUGGUUUGACGACAGCCAAGUGCGGUCGGGGAGCCACGUGCCGCGCGUGUGCAUCGAGUGGUUCCUGCGGGCUGGCGCGAUCGGCGCGCUCUUCUUCGCCCUCGAAGACGCCCUCGUGUCGGUGCCCGGCGCGGCCGUGUGCCUCGCGGCGCCCGCCAUCAUGCAGGCGUUGAGCCCGGUCCUUGCCGCGGUGCGCGUGGUCGCGGGGGUGCUCGCACGGGUCGCCAGCGCGCUGCCCGUCGUCGGAGCGGCGGCUCGCAGCGCCGCCGGUGCGUUCGCGGCAGCCGGGAGCGCGAUGUGGGCGCUGUGCGCCAGGAUCUACGCGGGCGUGGCUGCGGCGCACCACUUCACGGAGCGGUCGCUGUCGGGGUCGGACGGAAGUGCGCGCUUCUCCGAGGACGACGUGCGGCCGCGGCCGCGUCCGAUCCGCGUGCCGAGCCCGCCCCCGCCGGCUGUGCCGUCGCAGCGCGGAAGGAAGGGCCGGGUGCACAUCCUGGGCGGCCCGAGCGCGCCGGUGCGGACGUCAGAGGACUACGAGGACCAGCAGUCGCCGUCGCUGCGGCGCUGGAUCGGUUUCAAGGCCGACGUGGGGCCUUCCGUGGACUCCGCCGGCCCAGAGCCGCCGCGCAAGAACAGGGACGCCGGCGGCGGCAUAUCGUUCCGGAUGUUCUGGCCGAGGACGACGACGGACACCCCGCAGCUCCGAACCACCCCGACUCCCCCCCGGGCCACCAGGGUCGCGAAGGACACCUCCGGGUCCGGCAAGGCGAGGCGCGCGCCGUCGCGUGGCGGCGCGAGCCCGCCGUCGCCGCAGCCGUUCAGGGACGUCUCGCCGCAGCAGGGGCGACCGCGCGCGACGAACCGCCGCGUGAGCGCUGUGCGGGCGGACCUCGAGGGAGUCCCCCGGGCGGGUUCCGGUGCUUACAGGCGCUCGUCCACGCCGCGCACGCAGCCACCCGACGUGACGGUCGUCGGCGGGAGGUUCAGCAACGAGGGCUCCGACUCGGACGACGGCGAGGAGCCCGUGGGCGCGGCGCGGCCCACCAAGGCCAUCAACCCCCUGACGGGACGAACGAUCAAUGUCGACGGUCCGACAUACAACGAUCUUGUUGGCAAGGGGUACAGGCUGCGGAAGGACGGCCUGAUGGUUCUGCGAUGA